AUGUAUAAAUAGGUUAAAUCUGACAAGUUAUAGGUCUUAUUCUGACCUGAACCAAGACCUAUUCUUGUCUUUUUCUUAUUCUUGUUCAAGAACAGAUUUCUGAGAAUUCAAGAACCAUUAAAAGUUGUUGACCUUGAACCCUUGAGUCUGCAAGAAGAUCUGUAGACCUCAUCAUGAUUCGUUGUAGAAGGCACACAUGCAAGAUUAUAAUUGCAACAUCUCUCAUCUGGGGUCUGCUAGAUAUGAUAUUUCUGAUGACAUAUUCAGACUGCAGCAGUGGCGUAGGGUUUGGAUGUUCUAAUGAACAAACAGGGAAAAAAGGAGCAAUAAGUUUUGCAAAGCAAAUAAGUGAAGUCGAGGACUUGAAUGAAAGUUAUCCCCGAGGGAAAUUAAGAACCUGGGCAAAACCUCCAACUGUUCUCAAGAAUAGAGGAAUGCCUGGGGAAAUGGGUAAACCUGUUCAAAUACCCAAGGAUAAAGAAGAAGAGAAGAGAGAAAAGUUUAAAAUAAAUCAGUUUAAUCUGCUCGCCAGUGAGAUGAUCUCAUUAAAUAGAUCUCUUCAAGAUGUCAGAUUAUCUCAAUGCAAAUCUAAGGUUUAUGCAAGUUUAUUACCGACAACAUCAGUUGUGAUAGUUUUCCACAAUGAGGCGUGGACCACCCUUCUCAGAACAAUUCAUUCAAUUAUAAACAGGUCUCCAAGAGAACUAGUGGAAGAAAUUAUCCUAGUGGAUGAUGCUUCCGAGCACACACAUCUAGGAGAGGAUCUGGAGAACUAUGUGAAAACUUUAUCUGUUCCAGUUCAUGUACUGCGGACUGGUACUAGAUCUGGCCUGAUUCGUGCUCGUCUACUCGGAGCUAAGAAUGUCAAGGGAUCUGUGAUUACCUUCCUGGACGCCCAUUGUGAAUGUACCGAGGGCUGGUUAGAACCCCUUCUAGCUGAAAUUGCUAAGAACAGGAAAGCUGUCGUGUGUCCUGUGAUUGAUGUUAUCUCAGAUGAAAGUUUUGAGUAUAUAACUGCCAGUGAUAUGACCUGGGGCGGGUUCAACUGGAAACUCAACUUCAGAUGGUAUCGAGUACCCCAGAGAGAGAUGGAUAGAAGGAACGGGGAUAGAUCAGAACCUCUUCAUACACCAGCUAUGGCAGGAGGGCUCUUCAGUAUAGACAGAGACUACUUUUAUGAGGUUGGAUCAUAUGAUGAAGGAAUGGAUAUCUGGGGAGGAGAAAAUCUAGAAAUGUCCUUCAGGGUGUGGCAGUGUGGAGGCACUCUAGAGAUCAUCCCCUGCUCCCAUGUUGGUCACGUGUUCAGAGAUAAAUCCCCCUACACCUUCCCAGGCGGAGUAGCUAAAAUAGUUAACAAGAACGCCGCCAGGGUCGCUGAGGUCUGGAUGGACGAGUGGCGGGAUUUCUAUUAUUCCAUGAAUCCAGGAGCUAGAAAUGUAGAGAUCGGAGAUCUUAGUCCACGUAAACAGCUGAGAGAAGAGUUGAAAUGUAAAUCAUUCCGAUGGUAUCUGGAGAAUAUAUACCCGGAGUCCCAGAUGCCUUUGGACUACUUCUUCCUAGGAGAAAUAAGGAAUGAUGCUACACAUAAUUGCCUGGAUACUAUGGGACGAAAGAGUGGUGAGGAAUUAGGUCUAUCCUAUUGUCACGGACUGGGAGGAAACCAGGUGUUUGCUUAUACUAAACGCCAGCAAGUAAUGUCUGAUGACAACUGCCUUGAUGCCGCUACACAGGACGGGCCGGUCAAACUUGUCAGAUGCCACGGAAUGGGCGGGAACCAGGCCUGGGUUUACAAUAAAAUGGAUAAAACAUUGAGACAUGUCAACACUGCCAGAUGUUUAUCCAAUAUGGCGGAUCCUUCCACGCCGAAACUAGCGCAAUGCACCGGUGAUUCAUCACAACAAUGGCUAAUGGCGGACAAGUUUAAGUGGCAGGCCUAAACAAAAUGUCAACUUUAGUUAACAACGCAUUCUAAUUAACCUACAAUGCAGGCGGCUCUACAAGGUUUUCAAUGCUGUGAAUGAUUCCAACAUUUCAAUGUAAAAGUUAUGAGAAAUGCGUACAGAAAAAUACUUCAUACGCAUUUUUAAUCCUACAAAGGAGAGAUUACACUUUGCACAAGGAAAUCCCGUUAGUUGCAAAAAUCCGCAACUGAACUCGUCCCAGUGCAAGGAAAAGUUUGUAAACAUGGACGCUUGGAUAGCAUUACUGAACUAAAGGAAAGUUUUUCCAGUCAACCUUUUGAGAUUUGAGAUGGAUAAUAAGAAUUUAAGAGGCGAUGUUACAACAAAUACAACUAGAAACUGUGAUUCACAAAUGAUCUGUAUUUAAUUACAGCUUAGUAAAAAUAAGUCUGUUCGUGUCACAAUAAGUAAAUUAUAAUCUUUACAUUAGUUUUCAGUGAGGAAGGGGGGGGGGUAAUUUACAAUAUUUUUACCAUCAAGAUCGUUUUAAGUUUGACUUUUCUUAUUGUUAAUGCUUUAAUGAACGAAAAAUCACGAUAGAAACAAAUAAAACUAAGAAAAAGAACAUUUUUAGACGGGAAAUAAUAAUAAAUAAUGUAAAUAAUAAAUAAUCUUAGUAAUCUUAUUGUUUAUUGGGGCCACAUUUUCUUAUUUCUUGCCCAAGUACACUAAACUUAAAUUUAUAGACUUAGACUAGUAAAGUGUUGGUUCAGUACAACUUAUACUAGAAGUUUUUUGAACAUGAAUUUUCAUCUUUAAAUAUUAUUGUACUUAAAAUUAUUUUUAUACUUAUUGUUCUGUUUGUUAUAGUAAUCCUUGAAAGUUAUCAACCAAUAUUUCCCCUCCCCGCCGUGAUAUUAAACCCUGAGUAGUUUUGCAAUUGGCUUUCAAUUGAUCUGUAGUAUUCUUCAACACGA